UAGCGUUUGACACUUGUGACAAUAUACGGAAUCACCAUAUGUGAGAAACUUUGUAUGAAGAUUCUCCUGUGCAGAGGGGAGGAAGCCGAAUAUGGAAGACUGUUUGCACACGUCUUCUGACAAUUUAGCUAAACUGGUGAGAUGGGCUCAUAGUCACGGAACUAUUUGUGCCCUCAUCCCGGGUCUCAAGCACCUUCUCACAGAGGGUGCCCAUGGCAACCUCACAGCUUUAUGGGGCUGCAGUGCUGGCCAUGCCUACCACUGGCCUCUUACCAGCACUUGUAAGAACAGUCAAAAGGAUCGUGUACGCUACUCGGACAGCCGCAGCAUCAACUCUGACAACUUAAUGCAGGGAGCUGCUAGUGCCAUUCAGAGCAAUCCAGCGGAGAGGUUCCUGAGCAAUUCUGCCAAGGUGAAAGGAGACUCCCAUCAGACCCGUGACUCCUGUGACUUCUCCAAUUGUAGUGAGCCUUCUGAAGUUGAUGACAACACAGAAGAGUACAGUAACAACCUGUUUGACAUUGUCUGUGAGUCCUCAGCCACAGACGAAGAGGGUGAUUCAGAGCCCAACCACACUCCCAGCACCACACAGAGGAAGAGGGGCACCCCAGGGACAGGAUCUGAGGACAGCACUGAUCCAUCUGUUAAAAAGAUCAAACAAGAGAGGGCAGAAGACUAUUACACAGUGGCCAAUCCCCAGUUGCCUGGAGGGCCCGAAAGCACCCAGUCAUCCAGUGGUGUGUCCCAGUCCCCCAAACCAAACUCUCACACAAGACCGUCGUCUAGAUCAUCACUAUCCCAUUCUGGACACCACAAAGCACCCUCCGUGGAUGGGGACUCAUUGGGAGUUUCUUCCUCCCCGCUGGGUAGUUCGUCUCCACAUGCUCCAUCUAUGGCCAAGCCCAUGCGUGUCCCUCAUCACAGUUCACAAUGCAAACAGCCUUUGAAUUUGACCCCAGGCCCCAACCAGAGCAUGGCUGCUUUACAUCACCCAGGAAAAACUGAACUGAUAGAGAGUCUUCCUAAUGAUGAUCUCACUAAGUCUGCAUUGCCUUUUGGAGAUAUGCCAGGUGGGAUAAACCCGGAGUUGGACCUGUUAGCAGCUCAGGCGCUGAGUGCAGAUCCCAAAGGAGACGCUACAGUGCCUCCUGCUUUGUACGAAAUAGAGCGACUGAAGGCACUUCUACAGGCGGAGAGAAGCAAAAGUGAAAUGAUGGGGGAGACAAUAAGCAGCCUAAAGCAAGAUAAGGAACUACUCCAGCAAGAGCUUACCAAAAAAGCUGAGCUCAUCUGCGACUUCCUCCAAGACCAGCUCCGGCCAGAUAAAAGGAGGGGUCACGCCUCCAGUCAGAUGGAGGCUGGUACUUCUCAUCAGCUCAUAGCGACCUUCCCUGAUGAAGGAACAGCGUUUGAGUCACCGGCUCUCUUUGACUCUUUUGAAGAAGUGGAAUUGCACCCACUGGACAGACAGAGGACCAUUAAGAUUACCAAGAGGAGCAGGGAGGGGGAGAACACACGAGUUCGAAUGAAAAACGUUGUUGGGGUUAUCGCGAGGUACAUGGCCGCUCUACAGGAAUUUCGGCGAAGCGUCUCUAUGAAAGUUGCAUUUGACAGAGUCGGCGUGGACCGGAACACCAUUUCUAGGACUGCAGCCAUAGCUGAGCUGAGUCUGGCUGCCCCUGAGGUCUUCCACGCUUUGCCCCCGUGGGACGAGAAAGAGGAGACACUGGCCCACUACGCCGUCCGCUGCCGUCAGGCCAUGGACGAAAACAUCAAAGCCAAGAUAAAAGCAAUGAAAGCGAAGGGAGAUCUCUUACCUAUAGUCAAAAUGGACAGAGGAGCAGAAGCAUUCCGGGAACAGAACGAAAAGACUAUCCGUAGUACCCAGACGGCGCUCCGAAACUUCCGGGACUUCCUGAUCUCCAAGUUCCCGACGGAGACCAGAGAGAUCUACUGUAUCCCCUGUCAGGAGCUGGACAUCUACCUGGCCUCCUUCUUUGUGGAUGCCCGACAGAAGGACGGCUCUGAGUAUGAGCCCAACAGUCUGGCAAACUACCAGUGUGGCCUGGAACGCUACCUUAAGGAGCAGCACUAUGGUUACAGCAUCACCAGGGACAAAGAGUUCAGGCGUUCACAAGAAGCCCUCAAGCAGAAGCAGCUGGAGCUGAAGUUCAAAGGGAAAGGCAACAAGCCCCAUAAGUCGAUGAAGCUGACGUUUGCUGACGAGCUGAUCUUGAGGAAGAAGGGUCUGUUAAGCCGGUUUAACCCGGAAGGACUCCUUAACCUGGUGUGGUUAAAUAACACUAAAGCUUUCGGCCACUGCACGGGUUUCCACGGCGCCUCGCUGAAGUGGGGCGAUGUGCGUCUGUUCACCACAGAAACAGGGCUGGAAUACCUGGAAUGGUCCUGUCAGGAUCUGAAUGACAUCAGGGGCCGACGAUCCGGAACAGAGUGCCGGAUCUACGCCACCCCCCAUUCCCCUCAGUCCUGCCCAGUGCAGGACUAUAAAGAGUACGCCCAACGUAGGCCCCAAGCUAUGCUUCACGAUGACGCCCCGUUUUACCUCUCCAUCAGACCUGUGGUCAACCUGGCUGCCCUGCACUGGUACAACUGCCAAGCACUGGGAAAGAACAAACUAGCUAAGAUGGUAAAGACCAUGUGUGAAAAGGGGAACAUCCCAGGGAGGAAGACCAACUUCAGCGUCUAUCAAAGCUGUAGCAGCCUGUCAGAGGCUCAGAGUAACCAACUAGUGUUGAUCUGUAACAACCUCAGCCAACAGGCCACUGAAACCAUGAGCUCUCGUGCCGGAGGAACCAAUUUUGUCAUUACAGGUUCCUUUGACCCAUCUGACAGCAUGUGA